AUGGCGGCGCCCAUGAGCGACUGUCGCAAAGCGCUUGAGAGUAUGGAACCCUCCGUUCUGCCCGGUGGGGCAGCUCCGUAUGGGAACUUCCCCGAUUAUGCUCGCUUCCACCCACCGGAGGGACGCGUUCGCCUACUUCCUACCGCGCUACUGAGCCGUUUAUUCCCAAAUCAACGUGGGGGUCCGCUUCUGGGUCUGGACGUAGGAUGCAACUCGGGGGAGCUCAGCAUCGCCCUCUACAGACACCUCCUUGGAUUGCAGGACGACAGAGGCCGCUCAGAACAUUCCAUGGCUGGGAUGGAGCUGAGCCUCCUUUGUUGUGACAUUGAUAGUGAGCUGAUCGAGCGAGCAAAGCAGCGAAGCCCCUUCCCUGCCUCUGUUUCUUAUGUCACCCUUGAUAUCAUGGACCCCAAUACCAGGGAGCCUCUGCUGCACUCCUACUUGAGCAAGUUUGGACGCUCUGCUUUUGACAUUUGCUUCUGCAUGUCCGUGACCAUGUGGAUCCACCUGAAUCACGGGGACAGUGGCCUGGUGACGUUCUUGUCCUAUCUUGCCUCCAAGUGCACGUACUUGCUAGUGGAACCGCAGCCGUGGAAGUGCUACCGAGCAGCUGCCCGGCGCUUACGGAAGCUGGGGAGGAAUGACUUUGACCAUUUCCGCUCGCUCGCCAUCAACGGGGACAUGGCAGAGGAGAUAACCAAAAUAUUGACCCAAGACUGUGCCAUGGAGCUUGUGUGUUGCUUUGGGAGCACCAACUGGGACAGGAGCCUUUUGCUUUUCAAAUCAACAUCCAUUGCAAAAGCAGAAAACCAAAUGUACCAUGCUGGGAGAACGAGAGUUGAUUCACAAAUAUUUAAUUCAGUAAGGGGAAAGAAAAUCUUGGCUAAAAUGCACCAUCACAUUCAUAUGGUUGUUUCUCCAGCAGAAGCCGUACAACUUUUUCUUCUUCUUGUCUCUCUCUUUUCAUCCCCCCCCCCAAAUCCCCCAAUCUGACCUAACCUUUGGCUGUUCUACUCCCAUCUUGUUGUUCCCCAUUUUCCAAUUUGGGGAAAGUGUGUUUUAAAACAAACAAAAGAAACUCCUCGUGCAUUCUCAAUGAACUUUCUGCUGCUAGAUAAAAAUGCAAUUGUUGUAUGCGAUGAAAUGAAAGUACACAUUCAGAGGUCAUAAUAAAUUCUGGCUUGAUGACCCCCGUCAGUUAAUUGUGACACCUGAAUGCAGGCAGUCCGAUAAACCAGGGAAGGCUGGUUGGCAUCAGCCUAGAACAGAGAUAGCAAACCUUUUAGAGACCGAGUGUCCAAACUGCGACCCCAA